UUUUUUGGUUUCGGUUUCUGUGAUGGCUAUGUCGGCUUUGCUCCCAUUUCCGGGCUUUCUUUGCUUUGUGUUUCGCACCAGGAUUGGCCAGACCUCUACCAUCAUGAGGUGGCUGUCUUACCUAUCUGCGCUCCGUCACCAGGGUUCAAGUCCAUUGAACGAGCGUCGCAGCGCAACCCAUCCUUACCCCCACCAGAUUGUCAAGCGGGACCUGAUAGUGGCUGGACAAGGGGUACUUUUCGUUCACACUAGAACGAUUAUACAUUUACCCAUUUGAGAGGGCGGUGUCAUUGAAUGAUCCGCCAUGUCUAUCUAGAUUUGAAUUCUAGCAUGUGCAAUGAUUGACCUUCCUUCAACUUUAACUGAAA